UUGUCACACUGCCUCGUUGCUCUAGUGCUCGAUGACGACAGUAUACCAUCGGGCCCCCGCACGCCGCAGGACCCGUGUCAGUUGCACCGCUACACCACUACACCACAACACCACAACACUUGCACCUUGUCACACUGCCUCGUUGCUCUAGUGCUCGAUGACGACAGUAUACCAUCGGGGCCCCCGCACGCCGCAGGACCCGUGUCAGUUGCACCGCUACACCACAACACUUGCACCUUGUCACACUGCCUCGUUGCUCUAGUGCUCGAUGACGACAGUAUACCAUCGGGCCCCCGCACGCCGCAGGACCAGUGUCAGUUGCACCGCUACACCACAACACCACAACACUUGCACCUUGUGACACUGCCUCGUUGCUCUAGUGCUCGAUGA